AUGGCCGUCCCACAUGCCCCAUCCUCGGCCAACAAUCUUGACCUGCCAGUCGACACGAAUCUCACUCUGAUACUCUCAUCACUCACUGCUUACUACGAGAAGAAGCUGGAAUGGACUGGCAUGGAUAUCGAUACAGAGACGGAUUCUGAAGAGGAAUAUGAUCAACUCGAGUCGGAUUCGGAGCCACGACCCGCUAGCCCUUCUCCUACCGUCCGUCGAAAGCAUUGGCGACGCGAAAUGCAGCUGCUCGAGUCAAAGCUCAAGGGAAAGGCUGAUGGGAAACACUUCAAUACUAGCGGCGGACGACGAGGCAGAAAGCCGAUCCCCGACUGCGUUUACUCAUCAUCGGAUUUGCUGAGCGACUACGGCCAAUUGAUGCUGGUCAGGAUGGAGAGUUGCCGUCGCGUGCAAAGACUUGUCGCUUAUAGCAGCAGAUCGAGGAUGAAACACGGAAGCUUCACUGGAUGUAAAGUCUAA